AUGUCAGCUUCAACGUCAAGUUCUGAGGCCAGCAUGACGUCCUCAACAAGAAGUGCUAGUGUAACUAGCACAACUUCUAGUGCGAGUUCCUCAUCACAGAGUGAGAGAACCAGUACCACAACUGAGGAUAAAGACACAGAAACCACUUCAGUCGAAGAUGAUGACGACGAAGAUACAGAAAGUACGACGAGUUCUAGUACUAGUUCCAACAGACCCAGUUUGUCAACUGCAUCUUCCACCUCUAAAGCAAGUUCCAGUUCAACCAUUACUUCCGGUUCUGAUUCCGAGACAGACUCAUCUUCAUCACAGUCCUCCACCAAGGGACCUGGAAGACUUAGCACCACUACAAACUCAACCGCCAUGCCUCAAAUGUCAACUUUAAUCACAAAAACCACUUCAUCAUAUUCAGUCACGUUCACUCCCACAGUGCCGACCUCGGCUGAUCCCUUUAUACAUAGAGAGACAGCUUUGAAUGGCACAGUCUUCAUAGCCGUUGGCUCUGCCCUUGUUGGAGUUCUUUUUCUCUACUACUUGCAUAGACUUUACAACUACUACACCUCAAAGAAAAAUACUGACACAGGAAACUUAAUGGAACAACUUAAUACAAACUACAUUUUCAAUAAAGGAAAGUUCAAUUCUGGCGAUUCAGAUGACGACAUGAGCACUAUUUUUGGAAAUCAUUCUACGUUGUCCCUGAAUAAACUGGCAAACGAUGCCACGACGAGAGAAAACCAUUCAAUUUACUCUGCCAAUCUGCUCAAUUCCAGAUCUUCCUUGGUGGAUCUCAACGACAUGGUUGCACAACAGGGUAGAUCUUACAAGAAUUCAAUAAAUAAAAUUGGAACCACCAGAGCAUCGUGCUAUAUCUCUCCAGUGGGCGAACUGGUACAGCCCUACUCUAACAAUGAAUUUGACUCAUUUACUGACUUUGACAGCAAUGCCGGAUCUUAUUCAUCGAUGCUGCCAGGAAACACCUCCAGGCAAAGCGUUACUCCCAACAUUUCUUCCAAUGGUAGCUCAAAAAGAGAUCCUUCCAAGAAGAAACGACGUCCUCCCAGUGUCUUGUUAGAUGACCUCAUAAACCAAUCAUAG